AUGGAAGGAGGCGCUCGCCGACUGCUGUCCAUGCUCCUCAUCGCGACGUGGUCUGUGUAUCUGGUCUAUCUCGGCGCCUGCUCCUAUCUCUUCUACGCGAAUCUCGACAACCCGGACAACCGCGACUCGGGCACGACGGGGACGUUCAGGGUGUUCGCAAAGGGGUGCCCGAAUCCUUCAAAUGGGGCGAUGCGCUGGCACACAUUCACGCUUAUUGGCGUCGCAGUCGAUCUGUUGGCCUUUGCCAUCAUGACGCGAGCGCUCGUCCGCAAGGUCGGCGGCGACCAGACGUUCUCGGGUGUGGCGCGCGUCAUGAUCACCGACUCGAUGGUGCAAGUCGGCGUGGCGACGGCCGCUAGCUUUGUCACGGCCAUCGUGGCGCUGGGGCCGAUCUACGGGCACUCAACGGCAGGCACUGGCUUCUGCCUGCUUCUCAACGUCACUAUCACUGCCAUCAUCGCGGGACGGAGCUAUCGGAGGUUGAUCAAGUGCAAGGAGCGACUGAUCGCGCCGGAUCGCUUCAUGAGUGGCGGCCUCGAGUGCGGUCACGGCGGCAUAGACCUCAUCACUGGGCGACGCAUGAGCGAGCGUUCGAUCCUCAAAUUCUGGCGGCGGCCCAGCGACGCUACGCACGCGGCCGAGACUGGACGCAACAACUGGGGCUCGCCGACGUGUGCCGAAGAGACGGCAGGCGGACGCUUCCGCGGUGGAUCGUGGUCAUUACGGAGAGGCAGCGUGCCGACUGUGGUGCCACCACUGCCAGCGCACGAAGAGGCAUCGUGGAUGCGCGACAUGCGCAGUCCGCGCGCCGCAAUGCUGGCGCCCGAGGCGAGGAGCGAUAUCGUGGGAGGAGGUCGACGUUCCUCGGUACUCGGCUGGCCGCUUGGUCCAGCACCCUCACAUGUCGGCGACGAGCGCGUCACCUUCCACAUGGCGCUCGAUUCGCUGCGACAAGAAGAGAUGAAGCGCAGCACGCCAACGUCGGAGACGCACAUCGAGUCGCUCGUGGCCGACUCGCCACGCCGGCCCGUCGACACUCCGAUGCGCACUUCGUCGAUGUCGAGCGCUGCGACAUUGGCGCCGCCAGUUUCGCUGCUGAACACGCCGAGCGAAUCGUUCAGCUCGCCGCCGUCGGCGCCCAGCUGCACACGCACGGCGAGGCAUAGGUCGUCCGACGAGGAGACGCGGCGAAGCGGAGAAGACACAUGA